AUAUAAGUCGUCUCUAUUCCUCAUUUAGCUGUUGAGCAACCACAAAAAUGGUUCUAUCUCUUGACCGUUUCGAAGGCAAGGUGGCUGUGGUCACUGGUGCCAGUUCUGGCAUUGGAGCUGCAGUUUCCGAACUUUUGGUCGAACACGGAGUCAUUGUCGUUGGUUUGGCUCGCCGUGUCGACGUGAUCGAGGCGAAAGCCGAGCAACUCCAAGACAAAAAGGGCCAACUCUACGCUCUUAAAACCGACAUGAGGAGUGAAAACGAUAUCGUGAAUGCGUUUCAAUGGAUUCAGGAAAAUUUAGGCCCGGUCCAUAUUUUGGUCAAUAGUGCUGGAGUUACAGUUGCUAAUAAUUUAUAUGAUGGAGAUGCGGAAAUUUGGAAAAUGACUUUGGAUGUUAAUGUUCUUGGACUGUGUAUUGCGACGAGAGAAGCUGUGAAGAUGAUGCUUGAUAAUAACAUAAACGGGCAUAUUAUUCAUCUUAACAGUGUGGCAGGGCAUAAUAUUGUUAAUAUGCCCGGGAUUAAUGUUUAUGGGGCUAGUAAACAUGGGGUUACUUCGUUGGCUGGGACCUUGAAAAAUGAACUUAAUGCACUUGGGGCCAAAAUUAAAGUCACGAGUGUAAGUCCAGGUAUGGUGGCUAGUGAAAUGACGGUAAUGAACCCUACUAUGGACCCGGAACGGUUGGAAAUGAUGAAAAGUUUGCCGAUUUUAAAAGCAGAAGACGUGGCUGAAGCUAUUUGUUAUUGUUUGUCAACACCAGAAAAUGUCCAAAUAAAUCAGUUGACCAUAACUCCGAUGGGAGAACAGCUCUAAAGCGACGAUUUUGCUUCAUAUUUUGCGCUUUUUAGGUCAUUUAGAUAAGCUUCAGAAAAUGUUAACACUGCGUAUAGUUAAUUCCAUAAUAGCUUGGCUACAUUACUAAAAUCAACGUUCGUCUUGUUUAAAUUUAUUGAAAAAAAUUGCACCAAGCCUGUAUCUCUUAGUUAUUUUGUGUUUUUAAUAAAAAAAUUCAAAUUU